AUGAACCCAAACAAGGCCACAGAAUGCAAGAACAGAACAACAGGUGAUUCUGACGACCAGCGGACCUUGCUGACAUCUCUGAGCCCAAACCAGGAUGACCUGGAUCAAGGUGAAGGCAUCAGUGACAUCUCCUUACAUGGGCCAAGCCAUAGAGGCCCUAGGACAAAGUGUUUGAUUGUUUUUGAGUUUGUUUGCAAACUUGUUCCAAGGAGGUUCAUCUUUGGCCGGAGAAUUCAUAGGUUUUCAAGCAAACCUAUAUUCUCAGGGAAUCACACAAGGCAAGGAAUCAUCCUCCUUGCUUUGAGUUUCUGUAGAAGGAUUGUGCGUGGAGCCAAUUCACGUAAGGGACAAAGAAGAGUAUAUCAGAAGGACAUUUUGAAGAACUGGUCAUUUGUUCUGGGUUAUUUUGAAGAGGAAAUCUGGAGGCGAUUACAAAACGAAAGAAUUGGAGAUUUGUGCAUUUCCAUUCCUACAACAUUUGCAAUUCAUUACAUCAUUCUUUUUGUAUCUGGACACGAUUUGUUCUCUGAAUUUAGCGAUUUUUCUUGUUCGAUAUUUGAAAAACUUGGGAUUAUUCUGUGCUGGUUAUCUAGCUGUUGUGACUUAGAGACCAUGGAAAGGGAUGAUAGGUUUGAAGCUAUUGAGGAUAAAUUGGAUAGGUUGUUCGCACAUUUAGGGAUCGAUAAUCAGAACAACAGACCACCAAUACCAAACCCUAAUUGUCGACCAUAUGAGGAUCGGACCAUUAAAAUCGAUCUUCCUGAGUUUGAUGGCAUAUCACAUGACCCCUCUAAGUACCUGGAAUGGGAGAGAAGAAUGGGAGAAUACUUUGAGUUUAAAGAAACACCCCCAAACCAACAAUUUAAGAUUGCCAAGAUCAAACUAACCAAAUCAGCUGCAGUUUGGUUAGAAAGCAUUCAAAAACAAAGAUUUAGGGAAGAAAGGAAUAGGAUUAGCACUUGGGACAAACUUAGGAAGCAAAUGAAGAGGAGAUAUGUCCCAGCCACAUACAAGCAGCAACUGAUUGUACAGUUGUAUGCUAUGAAACAGGGAACUAGGUCAGUAGAAGACUACCUGAAUGAAUGGGAGAGAUUGUAUCACCUUUGUGACCUUCACGAACCAGAGGAAAUUAAAGUAGGAAAGUUGAUAGCUGGAUUAAGGGAAGAAUUUAGGGAAAGAUUGAUGAAUACACCUGACCUUACACUACAACUUGCUACCUCUAUAGCCAUGGAGAUUGAGAGACAACACAAGGCAGCAAACCCCCAAAUGAGGAACAACAGGACCUAUACCCCAAGGAACACUAGUGCUGUGACCAUGCCUAGGAAGGAGUUACCACCCUCUGGACCUAAACCUACUACCCCCAGAACAGAGUCAAACACCAAGCCACAGGACAUCAUUUGUUUUAAAUGCAAUGGGAGGGGACACUAUAAGAGGGAUUGUCCCAAUGCAAGGGCGUUUACCAUGAAAGAAUGGACUGACAUUAGGCAAAACACUAACCCUAAGAGACUCCUGGUAUUAAAGAAUGGGCAAGAGGAAGAGUUAGACCCUCCCAGCCUAAGUGAUGGUGAUGGUACAUUUAUAACAGAUGAGCAGGGAAACUGGCACCCUUUUGAAGGAGAUUCUGAGGAGGAAGGAGAGGGAGAGCUGGAAAAAAUUCCCCCUGAGGAAGAGCACUUGAGCCUCAUUAUUAGACGGAGCUUUCACAACACACCCUUGACUAGAAAAUCUGACCAAAGAGAAAAUAUCUUCCAAACAAAGUGCAAAAUACAGGGGAAAGUAUGUGAUUUGAUUAUUGAUAGUGGAAGUGAGGCAAACUGUGUCAGUAAGCAGUUGGUGGAGGAGUUACACCUAAAGACUAAGGCUCAUCCUAAUCCUUAUAAAAUGAAAUGGUUAGACACCAAGGCUAGUGGUUCAGUAAAACAUCAGUGCCCAGUAGUCUUGACUUUGGGAACAUAUGAGGAUGAAGUUUUGUGUGAUGUCUUAGAAAUGGAUGCAUGCCACCUCUUGCUAGGUAGACCCUGGCAAUAUGACAAGAGAGCCAUACACAAUGGUUAUGACAACACUUACACUAUUAGACACAAUGGGAAGAGGAAAGAAUUUUUACCCCUGCCCCCACACAGAGCAGUGCCACCUAAGCCCUCCAAGGAACAUGUGCAGUUGAUGAAUAGAAAAGAGUGUGAAAGGGAAGUGCAGGGAACAGAAGAGCUGUAUUUGUUAGUUACCAAAGAGGUACAAGAUCCCACACCUAUACCUGCUGAAAUGGCUGAACUAUUAGAACAAUAUAAGGAUGUGUUUCCCACUGAGCUACCACCUGGAUUACCACCAUUCAGGGGGGUGGAACACCAAAUUGACUUACUACCUGGGGCUAGUCUUCCUAACAAGCCUGCUUAUAGGACUAAUCCCAAAGAGGCCCAAGAAUUACAGAGACAGGUAGAGGAUCUGAUGAAGAGGGGCUAUGUCAGGGAGAGUUUGAGUCCUUGUGCAGUACCCACUCUACUUGUGCCUAAGAAGGAUGGCACAUGGAGAAUGUGUAUUGAUAGUCGUAGUGUAAACAACAUAACCAUCAAGUAUAGGUUCCCUAUACCUAGGAUUGAUGACAUAUUGGAUGAAUUAGGGGGUUCUCAAUGGUUUAGCAAGGUGGAUCUCAGGAGUGGAUACCACCAAAUCAGGAUGAAAACAGGGGAUGAGUGGAAAACAGCCUUCAAAACCAAGUAUGGGCUGUAUGAGUGGCUUGUUAUGCCCUUUGGUUUGACAGGUGCCCCUAGCACUUUUAUGCGCCUGAUGAAUGAGAUUUUGAGACCUUUCCUAGGGAAGUUUAUAGUUGUUUACCUAGAUGACAUACUCAUCUACAGCAAGGACAUAGCAGCCCACUUAGACCACCUCCAACAAUUGUUUGAAGUCUUAAGGAAACAGAGGUUGUAUGCAAAGCUAGAAAAAUGUAAUUUCUUACUUCCUGAAGUUAGUUUUUUAGGGUACAUUGUGGGUAGGGAGGGAGUCAAGGUAGACCCAACUAAAAUCCAAGCAAUACAGGAUUGGCCUAUACCCACAACCCUCACACAAAUUAGGUCUUUGCAUGGGCUGGCCUCCUUCUACAGGAGGUUUAUCAGGGACUUCAGCUCUGUUAUGGCACCCAUAACAGAGUGCACAAAACAGGGGAAGUUUAACUGGACACCCAAGGCACAGCAGGCCUUUGAAACCCUUAAAAGUAUGAUGUGUAGUGCUCCCAUUCUCAAGCUACCUAAUUUCACUAAACCCUUUGAGUUAGAGUGUGAUGCCAGUGGUAUGGGAAUUGGGGCAGUGCUUGUUCAAGAAGGUAGACCAGUGGCAUUUUUCAGUGAAAAGCUUAACAAUAGUAGACUUAAUUACUCCACCUAUGACAAGGAGUUCUAUGCUAUCAUAAGGGCUUUAGACCAUUGGUCUCAUUACUUAAGAAUUCAACCAUUCAUCCUGCAUACUGACCAUGAAUCCUUGAAAUAUAUAAACAGUCAACAUAAGUUGAGUAGUAGGCAUGCUAGGUGGGUAGAAUUCAUGCAAACCUUUGAUUUUUCAGCUAAGUACAAGGUGGGCAAGACCAACAUCAUUGCUGAUGCCCUUAGCAGGAAGUACAACAUGCUGGGUAUAUUAGGUGCCAAGAUUUUGGGUUUUGAGUUCAUUAAGGACCAAUAUCAAAAACCUGUCCUGACUUUGCUGACAUAUAUAAAUCAUGAGGUGCAUGAGGGUAGCAUAGCUGGCCAUUUUGGCAUUCAGAAGACCCUUGACAUGCUUGCUAAACAUUUUUAUUGGCCAAGAAUGCUUGGAACAGUAGGCAAACACAUAUUAAGGUGUGAAACCUGUCUGAAGGCCAAAGUGACUUUUCACAAGGGAGAGUAUCUACCCUUGCCCAUAGCUAACAAACCAUGGGAACAUAUUAGUAUGGAUUUCAUGGUAGCCUUACCUAAAACAAGAAGAGGAAAGGAUGCAAUUAUGGUAGUAGUAGAUAGGUUCUCCAAGAUGUCACACUUCAUAGCAUGUACCAAAGCUGAUGAUGCACAACAUAUAGCUAAGUUGUAUUUUACAGAGGUUGUUAGGCUGCAUGGUAUACCCAAGUCCAUUGUUUCUGACAGAGACAGCAAAUUUUUGAGUCACUUUUGGAAAACCUUGUGGAAGAUGUUAGGCACUAAGCUGUUGUUUAGUACAGCCUAUCAUCCUCAGACUGAUGGUCAAACAGAGGUGACCAACAGAACUUUAGGCACCCUCCUAAGGUCAUUGGUGACCAAGAACAUUAGGGAAUGGGAUUUAAAGUUAUGCUAUGCGGAAUUUGCUUAUAACAGAUCUCCAAGUCGUGCCACAAAACACACCCCAUUUGAGUGUGUGUAUGGCACUAACCCAUUACUUCCUAUAUCUCUGAUUGACCUGCCUAUAUGUGACAGCAAAACAGAGGAAGCUGCAGAUUUAAUCAAGCAAAUGGAAGAGAUUCACAAGCAAGUCCAUGCAAACCUGGAAGAGACCAACAGGAAAUACAAGAAACAAGCUGACAAACACCUGAGAGCAAGGCAACCAAUCCAGGAAGGUGAUCAAGUAUGGGUCUACGUAAGAAAAAAACGUUUUCCACACCUCAGAAAAAACAAGUUGCAGCCCAGAGCCAUAGGACCUUAUCAAGUGUCAAAGAAAAUUGGGAGCAAUACCUUUGAGAUCCAGCUGCCUGCAGACUUCAACAUCUCUCCUAUCUUCAACAUAGGAGACCUGACACUGCAUCAACCAGUCCAAGAAUUGAGGACAAUUCUCCCCCAAGAGGGAGGAGUUGAUGCAAAGGCAUCAAAGAACAAGGAUCCAACAAAGGAACAGGAACAGGAAGGUACUGGUGACUGUUCCUCUGCACCAAAUGACCAUGAGACAAGGAAAAUCAGCAAAGACACCUUGGACACGACAAAAAGGGAUCUACAAAGACUUAAGGAAGCUGAGGAAAGCCAAAGCAUCACAAAAACAAACAUCAUGAACCCAAACAAGGCCACAGAAUGCAAGAACAGAACAACAGGUGAUUCUGACGACCAGCGGACCUUGCUGACAUCUCUGAGCCCAAACCAGGAUGACCUGAAUCAAGGUGAAGGCAUCAGUGACAUCUCCUUACAUGGGCCAAGCCAUAGAGGCCCUAGGGUUCUGCUAACAAACCACCAGGAAGACCCUAGGAUAGGCUGA